AUGCAGCCCGGGUACAUCUGCGGGCAUGAAGGGAUGGGCAUUGUGCAUGAGGUGGGCAGCGAGGUGAGAAACUUCAAAACGGGGGACAGAGUGAUUGCCCCGUUCACGAUCAGCUGUGGCGAAUGUUUCCAUUGCAAGAGAGGCAUUACCGGGCGCUGCGUGAAAUGCAAGUCGUUUGGAUCGGUCGCGCUGGACGGGUCACAGGCUCAGUAUUUCAGAGUGCCGUUGGCGGAUACCACCCUGUUCCACACCCCACAGGAAGGUGAUCUCGGGGAGCUUCUGAUCUUGAUGACUGAUAUCUUUCCUACUGGAUUCAACGGGGCGAGAAAUGCCUUCCGCGAAACUCCUAGCGACCAGUGGAAGGAUAUGACCGUGGUCGUGAUUGGGUGCGGACCGGUAGCGCUGUGUGCGAUCAUCUGCGCGCUGGAAUACAAACCUGCCCGAAUUGUCGCCAUAGACUCGGUCCCCGAUCGCCUGCAACGUGCCAAGGACCUGGGCUGCAUUCCCCUCAACUUCAAGACGGUCGAUGCUGUCAAGGAGGUAAUGAGCCUUACGGACGGCAACGGCGCUCAUGCAGUCAUUGAAGUGGUCGGGCUGAGUCCCGCGCUGAAAACGGCGUACGACGUGAUUUGUCCCGGCGGCAAGAUCAGCUCAGUAGGAGUCCACAAUGGCGAGCUCCCCUUCACGGCCGCAGACUGUUACAACAAGAACGUCCACAUUCAGUUUGGCCGGUGUCCCGCGCGGUACGUAUUCAAUGAGGCCCUGCAGGCUCUGAUCCGGAACAAAAGCACGAUCGAGAAGAUGGGGUUCAUCGAUCUCGUCCUGCCGGGCUUGGACGAAUCGUGUGCGGAUGCUUUGCGGCGCUUCGAACGGGCAGAGGUCAACAAAGUGGUUUUCAAGCCGAAUGGGACGGACGCCUAG